AUGGCGAAAUCCGACAAUGCUGAGUCGGAGCGGCCUCUGGCAUCACCGUCAGAGCCACCGACCUCCUCCCCAGAGCCCGCGACCGAUGCGACCGCAGAGCCAUCUGCUGCCCAGCCCAAGGGCCACUCACCGCGCUUCUGGGCCAUCAUCGUCAGCCUGAGCCUGCUCGCCUUCAUCUCCGCCCUCGACACUAUGAUCAUCACCACGGCCCUACCGACCAUCACACAGGACAUUGGCGGCGCCACCCAGUACAUCUGGAUUGGCAACUCGUUUGUCCUCGCCUCAUCGGUCCUCCAGCCCCUCUGCGGCCAGCUCGCCGACAUCCUCGGUCGCAAGAUCCCCGUCGUUGCCUCCAUCGCCCUCUUCAUGAUCGGCAGCGGUGUGGCCGGCGGCGCCGUCAACACCGCCAUGUUCAUCGUCGGCCGCUCGGUGCAGGGCGUCGGCGCCGGGGGCAUCUACGUGCUCAUCGACAUUGUGUGCUGCGACCUCGUGCCCCUGCGCGACCGUGGCAAGUAUAUUGGUAUCAUCAACGCCUGGGCGGGCGUCGCCGCCGCGCUGGGCCCUGUGCUCGGAGGCGUCCUCGCUGAGAGGGACUGGCGUUGGAUCUUCUACAUGAACCUGCCCAUCUGCGUCCUCCCGCUCGUCUGCAUCCUCGCCUUCAUGAACCUCAAGACCGGCGACGGCAGCUUCAAACUGGCACAGGUCGACUAUUCGGGGACUGUGCUGUUCAUCCUCAGCAUCGUCUCUCUGCUCAUCGGGCUGGUGACGGGAGGCAUCACCCACCCGUGGUCUUCGUGGCAGGUCAUUGUCCCGCUCGUGCUUGGUAUCGUCGGCUGGAUCUGCUUCCAUCUGCACCAGCACUUUUACGCCAAGCACCCCAGCAUCCCCACGCGCCUCUUCAGCAACCGGACCUCGGCCACGGGAUACGCCUUGACAUUCUUGGGAUCUGUCUUGCUCCAGACGGCUGGGUACUUCCUCCCCGUCUACUUCCAGGCUGUUCUACGUACCACCGUGUCUGACUCGGGUGUAUACUUCCUGCCCAUCGCCAUUGGCUCCCUCUUCUCCGCCGUCAUAGGCGGUGUCCUUCUCAGCAAAUACGGCGCCUUCCGCCCGCUCCACGCCGCGGCCUUUGCCCUGUCAACCGUCGGUUUCGGCCUGUUCACCCUACUUAAUGACGAUACCCCCAAGGUCGCGUGGGCCUUUUACCAGCUCAUCCUCGUAGCGGGGCUUGGGAUGACGAUAUCAACAAUUUUGCCGGCCAUUCUGGCAGGCUUGGCAGAGUCAGACGUCGCUGCGGCCACCGCCGCUUUCUCAUUCAUCAAAACCUUUGGCUUUGUAUGGGGUGUUACCGUGCCCUCUGUCAUCUUCAUGGGUGUUUUCAAUAACAACCUCUCCACAAUCUCGUCGCCCGACCUGCGAGAACAGCUCAAAGAUGGCAGAGCAUACUCCUUCGCUAGUGAAGCGCACAGGAUCGGUAGCACGAUCGAGCCAGAGGUCUGGAGUGAGGUGGUCAAGGUCUACACAACCAGUCUGGACGCCAUCUGGUGGUUCAGUUUGGGGUUGAGCAUCCUGUCAAUGUUCAUGGUCGCCGGCGAGAGAGGCCUUGAUUUGUCUACGGAGCUCAAGACCGAGUACGGCAUGGAGGAGGUAGCGGAUAGUAAGAAGCAAGCCGAGUGA